AUGUAUGCAUCGCUCCACGCCCUGUGGAUUGUUAUACUACUGUUGCAAGUUGUACACGGAACUGUGAAGCCCUGGAUGUCACCGUUACGAGAUUGUGUCAUGGAUACGUCACUACUAGUUGUGACAUCAGCCGUGGAUGAGAAUUUAACACUAUCAUUUACAAGUGACGAAUGCUACAAGUGCCCCUUUCAGUAUGUUAGUGACGAUAAAACAUCUGUCAUAAUACCGCCAAAAAGCAACUCUAGUUUUCAAGUGAGCACCCACUUCCCAGUGACUUUGAAACUGGAGACGUCUGCCUUGCGCAACGUGUGCACUCAAUACUUCAAGUACGCAGAAUGCGGUGUAUAUACUUUAAAUGUUGUCUCCCUGUCACCCGACAACUUGACUGCAGGGACCUGUGAGCUACAAAUAAAUGCAGAAGGUCAAAACAGUGAAAUUCGUAAGUGUUUAACAAAUAUAUGCUUAGUGUGAACUUUGACGAUUUAAACU